CGCAGACGUUUGGGAUGGCUGACAGCGCGAGUCUGGUGGCCCCGCUCUGCUCGGAGCAGUUCGGCUCCGGGGCAGCACGGCGGUGCCACGCCGCCGCUGACGGGAGCCUGCAGUGGGACGCCCGGGGCUGGCGCUGGUGGGGGUUCUCGGGGGCCUUCACGGUGAAACCCGAAGGACGAGAUGAGGGCGGCGUGGGGGCUCCCGGAGCCGCCUCGCCACCUCUCUCAGGUCUCCAGGCAGUGUUCCUGCCGCAGGGCUUCCCUGAUAGCGUCAGCCCGGACUAUCUGCCUUACCAGCUAUGGGAUUCCGUGCAGGCCUUUGCUUCCAGCCUCUCGGGCUCCCUGGCCACCCAAGCAGUCUUGUUGGGCCUAGGAGUGGGGAAUGCAAAAGCCUCUGUUUCAGCUGCCACUGCCACCUGGCUUGUGAAAGAUUCAACUGGCAUGCUGGGACGCAUCGUCUUUGCCUGGUGGAAGGGGAGCAAACUGGACUGUAAUGCCAAGCAGUGGAGGCUUUUUGCUGACAUCCUCAAUGAUGUAGCCAUGUUCCUCGAGAUUAUGGCUCCAAUAUACCCCAUCUGUUUCACCAUGACCGUAAGCACCAGCAACCUGGCGAAGUGCAUUGUGAGCGUGGCUGGUGGGGCCACCCGGGCUGCACUGACCAUGCACCAGGCCCGGAGAAACAACAUGGCUGAUGUAUCAGCCAAGGACAGCAGCCAGGAGACAUUGGUGAACCUGGCAGGGCUCCUGGUCAGCCUCUUGAUACUUCCCCUGGUGUCAGAUUGCCCUAGCUUCAGCCUUGGAUGUUUCUUCUUCCUCACUGCCCUCCACAUCUAUGCCAACUACCGGGCAGUCCGAGCCAUCGUCAUGGAGACGUUGAAUCAAGGCCGGCUUCGGUUGGUCCUGAAGCACUUCCUUCAGAGGGGAGAGGUACUUGACCCCACCUCAGCCAAUAAGAUGGAGCCACUGUGGACAGGUUUCCGGUCCUCUCCAUCUCUAUCCUUAGGGGUCCCCCUACACCACUUGAUCUCCAGUGUCUUUGACCUGCAGCAGCUAGUUGAGGGGCACCAGGAACCCUACCUCCUUUACUGGGACCAGUCACGAAACCAAGUACAAGUAGUCCUGAGUCAGAUGGCAGCCUCUGAGACCAUCCUAAGAGCCGCCACACAUGGACUCGUACUUGGAGCCCUGCAGGGAGAUGGACCCCUUCCAAGAGAGCUGGAAGAACUGAGGAACCAGGUGCGAGAAGGUCCUGAGAAAAACAGCUGGGUCAUCGUCAGAGAGGUACACCGAGUGCUAGACGUGUUUUUCCCAAAGUUCUUGAAAGGACUGCAGGAUGCUGGCUGGAAAACUGAGACGCACCAGCUAGAGGUGGAUGAAUGGAGGGCCACAUGGCCUCUUUCUACAGAAAAGAAGGUUUUGUGAGCAGCCCUGAUGGAGGCCCAGGGCUCAAGACAGGAGUCUGAAAUAAGGACACCUUGACCACACAGGAUAUAGGAAAAGCAGAUUUAUUUUUGCUUAGGGGAGCUGCUAUGGCAGGUUGAUUAAGCCCUUAUGAGAAGUGACUGCCAACCUGACGGACUGGGCCUCAGGCAGAAUAAGGCAGAGAAAAAGGGAACCAGGACCUUCACACCACCCCAUUCCUGCCCUUUGCCCUUUUCUGGGGACCACUGUAAGCUACCCACUCCUGCUUAUUGUGAGGCUAAGCCCUUCCUUUGCUGUGGUUCAUGUUGUCCAACACAGUUGGCCUUAGGCAUAGAAGCCCCAGAGGAACACCGCCACAGUCAUCAUGAGCAGGGCAUUGAGGUUGACCACACGGGCCCAUCUUGGAUCCUCACUGAUGUCCUCCAGCCGCCUUGCUGCUUCAGCCACCUCCUCUUGGGUAGGAGGUAGAGGACCACCUGCCCCACCCCUGCUCAUUCCACAGAACCAGAGCAGACA